UUUUGGGCUGUGUGGCCAUAAAGGUCUCACUGCUCACACGUCUCGUGAGCUGUGUACUUGAGUAUUGUUGCCUCUCCUUCCUGUUAUCUCUCUCUGUCUCUCUGUGAGUGUGUCUUGCCCUUAGGACUGGUCGGUUGCGACGCUCAGGAGUGGACUGGACGAGUCAGAGAUUGAGAUUGUGAUUGUGAUUGAUUGAGUUGAGUUGGAUUAGUGGUGAGGGGAUUCGUUGCGGAGGAGCUUGUUUGGCUGAUUGAUUGAUUGAUUUCUUGAUUGAUCAAGCCGGAUGGGUAUUCGAAAGGCGAUGUUUUGAUUGAUUCCGUGGUAGUUUCGAAGAGUGUGUGUGUGUGUGUGGUAGUGUGCGUGGUGAAGGAUUUGUAGCUGCCUGGGCUUCGUUGCAGCAUGUCGUUGUUUCGUACGCUGCGGUUGCAGGACAGGCCCGUUCGAUCGUUUGGAGCGUCAACGUCGGGAGGGCAGUUAUUGCUGCAUGCGGAGGUGAUCGGGGUGUCGUCUUCAUUCCGAGUGGGCUCCGAUAAGCUUGACGGAGGCGGAAAUUUUAGCUCUGUGUGUGUGAGUGGUUUAGACGAAUUAUCGCGUGGGUCGUCCUCGGGGAGUGGGGUGCAAUUCCGAGGGGCGUUGAGCAGAAAUGGGGGUAGGAAUGGCCUGGUGGGAUUGGCUCCUCUCACGCGGAGCUCCCGAUUGCGGAGACUGGAGCCAGGAUUUGUGUCAAGAAUAAAACUGAUGGGCCUGAAUGACGCAACAGGACAACGCGGGUCAGUGUCGCCCGCCAGGGCGCUUGGCGGAGGAGGACAGGAUAUGGUGGAUAAGGCUAAGGAUAUGUCCAAGUCGGGCGACAUGCAAGCGCUUGACGCCAACUGGAAUGUUGAUCUCAGGCAAUCUAACCAAUCUAGCGAAACCGAGGCGAGCUGGGAACAGAUAGGCAUGAUUUUCAGAAUUGUAUACUCGCUGGCCAUGUACGGCGGCCUAGCAUUUGUUGGGAAUGUCAUUUGCGGCUUCACCGGCGUGGAUCUCUGGGGUGGAUUUGACAUUUCCCCGCAGGUGAUCACCACGGGAUUCGGAUACGCCGUUCCUCCGAUGAUGAUGCUGUUGUUCAUCCUGGAGGACGAGGUUGUGAAGUCGUGGGCUCCUGCUCGGGCCAUUCGAGACGUCGAGGACGAGGAGCUUAUGGAUUUCUUUGUGGGAAUGUCACCAUGGCAGUUCCCCUUUGUCGUCGCCGCGGGCGCUGUGGCAGAAGAGCUUUUCUUCCGAGUCGCGAUACAAGGUGGACUCACGCAUGCGCUUCAAAUUAGUGAUAAGGGCGUCACAGACUCCACAGUUGGUCUUGCGGCUCUAACUGGAGUGAUUCCUCUCUUCGUUCCCUUUGCACAAUUUUUUGCGACUGCCCUUACGGCGGCAUUGACCGGCUCCAUGUACUACGUGAUCUCAUCGCCCAAGGAUCCUAAGUACGUGGUCGCGCCCGUGGUGCGAGGUCGCAAUAACCGAGGCGACAUCAAAGAGCGUGUCUCGGCGUGGUAUGAGCGGCGCCAACAGAAGAAAAUCUACUCUCCGCUCAUGGAGGGCCUCCUUGCGAUGUACCUAGGUUUUGAAUGGAUGCACACGGGUAAUAUCCUUGCGCCCAUCAUCACACACACUCUGUACUCGCUGGUCAUCGUUGGCAAUGGCCUUCGCCGCAUUCACGACAACAGGGAGAAGCUACGGCAGAGAGUGAACAAGAUCUCUGGGGGGAGGCUAGCGAGGAUCGGUGUCGGCGAGAAGAGGUCCGAGAGAGCCCAGUAAACGGCUUAACAGUUUUGUGAUUUGUACAAUCCUACGUAAUUUUUGUUUAUGAAUGAUCGAUCCCUUAUACUUCAACAAAGUUAGAUUAGUUAGGAUACACUGGAUGGCAUGUGACUAUGCCAGCGGCCCUUUUAGAUGCUAAAACCAAAGGAUUAGUGUGGGGACAAGGCUCUUGCUUCCUGGUUUGUAAUAUUGUUGACGACCUUGUACAGUAUCUAAACAACGAGAUGUGCGACCCUCUACAUUUUUGUGUCGGCUCGCAUCCUUGACCCGCGAA